AUGGCGGAUAUCGAUGACGAGCUCCUCGCUCUCGCAGGAGACGCCUCCUCCGACGAGGAAGAGGCGCCACAUGAUCUGAGCAGAGAAAACUCAGCAUUACCAGACCACCCUUCAUCGGGUAAGCCCAGUGCAAAGAAGUCCAGCGGUCGAAAAUCUAAGGGCCGUGAUGAUUCGGAGGAAGAGGGCGAAGCCUCCUCUGGCGCCUCGUCACCCAACUCUUUACGAUCAGCACCGAUGGAUGAAUCAGAUUCGGAAUCCGAAUCCGCCGCUUUGUACGAUGAGGAAGGCGAGAGAUAUCCCUUCGAGAGCAAGUUCAUGAGUGCUUCCGAAAAGGCCGAGAUCAUGGCCAUGCCUGAGAUCAAGCGUGAGGAGUUGUUAGCCGAACGUGCACAGGAAGUUGAGAGAGACAGACAGAAUCGAGCCCUUCGCCAGUUGCUGAGCGCUCGCGAGGCUGAGACUAGGAAGUUGGACAAAAAGCGCAAGGCUGGAGCUGCCGAUUUAGAUGAGAACCAGCGAAAGACCUCCCGCCAGCGGACCAAACUUGGUGGCGGUAGGGUUGGAGAGGCAAGCACCGGUAUCGAUAGUCUGAAGCGCGCAAGAGCUGAGAAGAAUGACCGCCAGCGCCGUCGUGAGGAGGACAAGGAACGCAAUCGAGGCCGCAAAACUCCACUCGAGGAAUACUCUGACGUGGAUGCUGAUGGAGACAGCGAGGUGGAAUGGGACGAGGGCAAGAAAAAGAAAAGCAAGUCUCCUGACUACCGCGAUGCUGAGCCUGCUGGUCUUGCGGAUAUUGAAAGAGUACGAGUUGGGAGAUCAAGAUUUGCUUUGGUCUGCUUCUACCCUGGUUUUGACGAGGCUAUUUCCGGAUGCUUUGUACGGAUCAGUGUUGGUGUUGACAAAGAGACUGGCCAGAACAUAUAUCGGAUGGCGCUCAUCAAAGGCAUGUGCUUCGCUGAGGAUAGACCAUAUGCCAUGGAAUCGGCGAAUGGCAAGCACUUCAAGACCACCCAGUACGUUCGUGCUGCGCAUGGCAAGUCUGAGCGGAACUGGCCUUUCAUUACCUGCUCUGAUUCUCCCUUUACAGAGGCCGAAUGGAAUCGCUAUAAGCAGACCUGUCUUGUGGAAGGCGUUCCACUCCCAACGAAACCAAAACUCAUUAACAAAAUCUCUGAGAUUAAUGGCUUGGUCAACCGUACUUGGACAGAAGCAGAGCUUCAAGAAAAGUUGACCAAAUCGGGGGCCCUCCUCAACAAAUUUAUACCAAUUGAGCGUAACCGCCUCACUAAUGCAAUUAAUGAUGCUAAAGCCCGCGGCCACACCGAAAGAGAAGAGACUCUUCGAAAAGAACUUCAAGCUCUCGAGGGACCCAAGCUGGCGUACAGCACCUCAAUGCACCCAACCCCAAAGAAGGCCCCAGCACCGGGAGUCGUAACUCAACAGGAACGCUUAGCUAUCCUGAACAAGCAAAACCGCAAGAAGAACGCCGAAGAAGUUCGCCAAGCCCAGAUCAAUGAGCGAAGAGCUGUGAAGCUUACUGAAGCGGCACUUGCCCGUGGAGAGGUUGUCGUAGAAGAUCACUCUCGAAGACUCAAGACUCAGGCUAAAUUCAAGCAUGAUGUCUCUGAAGGAUUGGGUGGAAAGAAAACGGACAGCGAGCGGAGCGGCACUAACACUCCAGCUUCUGGUACUCCUAAACUCGCCGCGAAGAAAUCUUCAACGCCAUUACCUCAUAUUGCCAAGCUACAGGCAAGCAAUGGAGACAAGAAGGGUAUUCCUACUAUUCGUCGCCCGUUGAUGGAUGAUGAUAUUAUUGGUGCCAUUGAUCUCGGUAUCGAUAUCGAAAUUUAG